GAAGAAGUCGUCACUUCCGGUAACUUCUCAGACAGCAAGUAGCUAGUAGCUUUUAUUGAGCAGUCGUCAUGGCAACUACACACUUAUUUCUCUUCAAUAGAUAGCACACGAUAAGCGAAUAACAUGUAUGUGCCUACUAUCAUUAAAUGUCAUCAAUCCAUGUUUUUAAUAGUCACCGUGUGCUGCUCCAUUUCCACUCGAUAUCCAGCAUCUGUAGGAGACUUUUGGACGUUAUAUUCACAUGGUCGACAACAUUUGGACGUGAUAUCCACAUGGUCGACAACAUUUGGACGUGAUAUCCACAUGGACGACAACAUUUGGACCUGAUAUCCACAUGGUCGACAACAUUUGGACGUGAUAUCCACAUGGUCGACAACAUUUGGACGUGAUAUCCACAUGGACGACAACAUUUGGACCUGAUAUCCACAUGGUCGACAACAUUUGGACGUGAUAUCCACAUGGUCGACAACAUUUGGACGUGAUAUCCAACCAUUUCCACGUGAUAUCCACAUGGUCGACAACAUUUGGACGUGAUAUCCACAUGGACGACAACAUUUGGACGUGAUAUCCACAUGGUCGACAACAUUUGGACGUGAUAUCCACAUGGACGACAACAUUUGGACGUGAUAUCCACAUGGACGACAACAUUUGGACGUGAUAUCCACAUGGUCGACAACAUUUGGACGUGAUAUCCACAUGGUCGACAACAUUUGGACGUGAUAUCCACAUGGUCGACAACAUUUGGACGUGAUAUCCACAUGGUCGACAACAUUUGGACGUGAUAUCCACAUGGUCGACAACAUUUGGACGUAAUAUCCACAUGGACCAAGACGCUGUCAGACUGCUGGUGAAAGUCACCCAGGAAGGAGACUUUAGUCAGCUGCUAAAACUCUUCCAGUCCUGCGGUCCCUCUGCGUGUCAGCUGGUCCAUUUGGGCCGGUCCGGGGACUCUCUUCUGCACCACGCCGCCAGACAUGGCCGUCUGGACUUCUUACACUUCCUCAUCGGAGACGUCGGCAUGGAGCUGGAAGUCUGCAACCUGGACUACAAGAGACCCCUGCACGAAGCUGCGUCCAUGGGCCACACUGCCUGUGUCUCCUAUCUGCUGAGGCGUGGAGCCCGCGUGGACUGCUUGAAGAAGGCCGAUUGGACACCGUUGAUGAUGGCUUGCACCCGCAGGAACCUCGACUUGAUCCAGGAGCUGAUCCAGCACUCUGCAGACCCUCUCCUGAAGAACAAAGAUGGCUGGAAUGCCUUCCACAUUGCCUGCAGGGAGGGUGAUCCCGGCGUGGUGCGCUAUCUUCUUACCGCCGCUCCAGAUGUGUGGAGAACGGAGAGCAAGACGCGCAGGACGCCGCUGCACACGGCCGCCAUGCAUGGCUGUGAGGAAGUUGUUCAAAUCUUACUUGAAAGAUGUGGCUACACGCCGGACGCCAAGGACAGCUGUGGAGUCACUCCUUUCAUGGACGCUGCAAGGAACGGACACGUCUCAGUGGCCAGGCUUCUCCUGGCCAAACACCAGGCGUCUCCAACUGCAGCUGACACGCUUGGAGCUCAGACGGUGCACCACGUGGCUGUCACUGGCCAGGAGGAGGCGUUGCACUUCCUGGUAAGGGAGCUCAAUGUGGACGUGAACCAGAGGGCGACUGGAAUGCAGCUGACUGCCUUGCACUAUGCCGCCAAGGAAGGCCAUGUUUCCACCAUAAAGACCCUGCUGGAUUUGGGCGCCAAUAUUCAUGCUCAGGACAAGAAGAGAAGAACCGCUCUCCACAUGGCUUCCAUCGGUCAGCAUGCAGAUGCUGUCAGGACUUUGCUGCAGCUCGGAUUGGACGAUUCCCAGGAUGCAUCUGGGAUUACAGCACGACAGCAUGCCAAAAAACCCCACAUAAUGCACCUUUUUGACUGAUUUGAUCUGCUUAUAGUUGGGAGGUAUUAAACACAUUUACUCCUUUUAUUUGAAUAUUCCUAUAUAUUCAUAUUUACUUCCAACCUGGUGGUGAGUCGGCUCCGAUGGUGGGGGAGGAUGCCGGACAGACCUGGCAGGCCCAAAAGUAUAGUGAGGGUCUGCUGGGAACGUCUGGCAGAGUCUCCCUUCAGAGAGAGUUUCAAUUCCCACCUCUGGGACAACUUUGAACAUGUCACGAGGGAGGCACUGGAUACUGAGUCUGAGUGGACCAUGUUCUGUGCCUGUAUUGUCGAGGCAGUCCAUCAGAGCUGUGGCCGCAAGGUGGUUGGUUGGUGCAUGUCAUGGCGGUAAUCCCAGAACACUAAGGGAUGCCGUCAAGCUGAAGAAAGAGUCCGAUCGUGUCCUUUUGGCUCAUGGGACUCCGGAAGCAGCGGACAGGUACCGACAGGCCAAGCGGUGUGCGGCCUUGGCGGUUGCAGAGGCAAAAACUCGGAAAUUGGAGGAGUUCUAAGAAGCCAUGGAGAACGACUUCCGUACAGCUUCGAGGCAAUUCUGGACCACCUACCGCCAUCUCAGGAGGGUGAAGCAGUGCACUGUCAACAUCGUGUAUGGUGCUGCUGAUGUCCACUGGGGAUGAUGUGGAUCGGUGGAACAAAUACUUCAAAGACCUCCUCAAUCCCAUCUACACGUCUUCCAGUGAAGAAGCAGUGCCUGGGGACUCUGCGGAGGGCUCUUCUAUUUCUGGGGCUGAGGUUACCGAGUUAGUUAAGAAGCUCCUUGGUGGCAGGGUCCCAGGGGGUAGUUGAGAUCCGAAUUACUUAAGGCUUUUGGAUGCUGUGGGGCUGUCUUGGUUGACAAGACUCCUCAGCCUUUCCAGUGAGGUCUAUUCAAGUGUACUGGAGAAGAAGCUAUGCUAGAUAGUCGAACCUCGGAUUCAGGAGGAGCAGUGUGGUUCUCGUCUUGGUCGUGGAACUGUGGACCAAGUCUACACUCUCAGCAGGAUCCUUGAGGGUGCAUGGGAGUUUGCCCAACCAGUCUACAUGUGCUUUGUCGAUUUGGAGAAGGCAUUCAACCAUGUCCCUCAGGAAGUCCUGUGGAGACUGCUCAGAGAGUAUGGGGUAACGGUCCACCUGAUUGUGGCGGUCCACUCCCUGCAUGAUCAGAGCUUGGUCCACAUUGCCGGCAGUAAAUUGGACCCGUUUCCAGUGAGGAUUGGACGCCGCCAAGACUGGCCUUUGUCACCAUGAAUUGAUUUACGUGGACCCCGACUUAAACAAGUUGAAAAACUUAUUGGGGUGUUACCAUUUAGUGGUCAAUUGUACGGAAUAUGUACUGUACUGUGCAAUCUACUAAUAAAAGUCUCAAUCAAUCAAUCAAACAG